CUGAAUUACAGAUUGCUGAAGCCGUUGCUCUUGUAGAUUCCCUUCAGAACUGGACAGUUUUAGAUAAAAUAAUUAUUCCUACAAAAAAUCCUGACAAGAAGUUUAUUUUUGGCAAAGGAAACUUUCAGGUUUUGACAGAAAAGAUUAAAAAAUUGCCCCAUGUGACAGCUGUCUUCUUGAAUGUGGAAAGAAUAUCUUCACUAACAAAGAAAGAACUAGAAGAUGCCUGGGGCGUGAAAGUUUUUGACAGAUACACAGUUGUACUUCACAUUUUUCGUUCUAAUGCCCGGACCAAAGAAGCAAAACUUCAGAUAGCGUUGGCCGAAAUUCCACUUCUCAGGUCAAAUUUGAAAAAUGAGGUGUCUCGGCUAGAUCAGCAGAGAGGUGGAUCGAGAUACAUCAUGGGCUCAGGUGAAACAUUCAUGGAGACACAGAAUCGUAUCUUGAGAGAAAGAGAACUCAAAAUUAGGAAUGCCCUCGAGAAACUAAGAAGAAAAAGAUCUUUACUUAGAACUCAGCGCAGAAAACGAGAGUUUCCGAUUAUCUCAGUAAUGGGCUAUACUAAUUGUGGAAAAACUACCUUGAUCAAAGCCUUGACUGGGGAAGCAGGACUUCAACCCAGAGAUGAGCUGUUUGCCACUCUUGAUAUUACAGCGCAUGCUGGCUAUCUGCCCUCACAUAUGGCAGUUAUUUAUGUUGACACCAUUGGAUUUCUGACUGAUCUUCCACAUAAUCUCGUUGAGUCCUUUUCAGCUACAUUAGAAGAAGUGGCUUACUCAGAUCUGAUAGUUCAUGUGAGGGAUAUUACUCAUCCAGAAACCAUCCUCCAGAAAGCAACUGUUCUGUCAGUUCUGAAGAAUCUUAAUCUUCCCAGCCAUUUAUUGGACUCAAUGGUAGAAGUUCAUAACAAAGUGGAUUUGAUAGAAAGGUAUAAAGCCACUGAAGAAAAUGCUUUAGCCAUUUCUGCUCUACAUGGACAUGGUUUAGAAGAGCUGAAAGAAGAAAUAGAGAAGAAAAUUUUGACAGCAACAGGGAAGAAGAUUCUGACAGUUAACGUCAACUUAGAGGGACCUCAGCUAAGUUGGCUGUAUAAAGAAGCAACAGUUCAGGAAGUAGAAGUCGUGCCUGAAGAUGGCACAGCCAGGGUGAAGGUGAUAAUCGGCAAUUCUGCUUUUGGCAGAUACAAAAACCUCUUUCCCAACAGCAAGAUUUUUAUGCCAUAAAACUGCAUCCUUUUCUGGGAGAAGAAACUGAUCUCAUUAAGAGGAUGUGAAAUGAAGUUAAUGACCUGUUAGUCUGGGUGUUGAGGAGUAUAUUUCUUCCCCAGUUGAUGUUUUUGAUGCAUUGUAGAAAUGGACACUGUUUCAGAAAACUUAUGUUUGGAAACAGUAAGAGCUUUGAUCUUCAUUCUGUCAGCAAGUGCAAGGACAACGCUAAAUUUUUUUUAUGU